AAACAUAAACAAACUACCGCAUUCGUUUCGUGUGUGAUCGAUCGUGCGGCAGAGCAAUUACGUUUAGGUUUAGGUUUAUCCAAUUUAUGUUAUCUAAAGAUUACAUUUUACCAAAAAACAACUUAAAUUAUGCCUGAAGAUUCGGAAAUAUACACCUAUCUUCGGUCGGUGAGCUGCUGUCGAACUUGUUGCCUUCGGUAUUUGAAAGGCCGAACGGACGAUUUCCUGAACGUUGAGGAAGCACUCAAAAAGAGGGGAAUUAGCCUGAGCACCACUGAUCUGCCAGCGAAUGGGGACGAUAAUCCACCGAAGCGCAUCCGCGAGAAUGUGUGCGUCGCCUGUUUGGGAAUAUUCGAGUCGGAUCUGAUGCAAUCUCUCCUGGAUCAAGUUGGCUCGAGUAGCGAAUUCAAACGGUACGAAUGCCAAGGUUUCACCAGUUCCAUCUUCCUGCCGAUAGUGUUCCACCUGCGACAGCUGUCGCUUUGGAUCGCCCUGAUGGAGAAGUUCCCUGGAAGAUUCGAACAGGACUUGCCAGCGCCGGAUGUUUCGGUGAAGGAUGCCUUCAAGAUGGUAUUGAACCGGAAGCUGGAGGAAGCGCUGGGGAAGCCAUUCUCGGUCAAUGGGGUAGCGAUUAACGUCCUGUUCAAGUAUGCAAAGGACGAUGAGGAAAUUCGGCUGCUGGCAAAGGUCAAACCGGAGGUUUUCGUGAACCGGAAGGCGAACAAGCACUGCCGGAAGGAAUUCAUCACUAGGAAUGCAUUCGAGAAGAACUUCACUCCGAGCAGUUUAAGCUUGGAGCAGUACCGGAAGCACAUCUCGGUUCCACCGGCAAUCCAAGACGAUGGAAUUGUUCUGGAGAAAAUCACCUUCACCGGUCCGACCGUGUUCCUCGCCGGGAGAUACUGCAAGAUUUCCCGGGAACUGAGUCAAACUCCGUGGGUGAUCGAGGGGAAGCGGAAGAUGGAGAAUAGCGUGCAGGAGAUAAUGACCGCGGUGGUGGCUCCGUACUUUGAGGUACCCGAGGACAGUUUGAUAUUCAGCUCCAGCGGCCGAGAGGAUGUGGACGUGAGGUGUCUGGGAGAAGGGCGUCCGUUUGUGUUGGAGAUUCCAGGUGCUUUCAGGGACUUUUUGGAGGAAUCGGCCGCGGCGGAGAUGGAGAGCGCAAUCGAUAAAUCGAAACAGAUUUCAGUGAAGGAUCUCCAGCUAGUGGACCGGGAAGAACUGACCCACAUUAAACACGGCGAGGAGAGCAAGCGAAAGUUCUAUCGGGCGCUCUGCGUUCUGGAUCGACCCGUUUCGCUCGAGGUCCUCAAAGCCCUCAACAUUGAGGAACCGUUCGUAAUCGAGCAGUGGACUCCGUUGAGAGUUCUUCAUCGGCGGCCUCUGCUACCUCGCCCGAGAACGAUUCACAGUGUAAAGGCUUUCGCCUGUCGGAACAAUGAGCGUGCCAUUGUGGUGGAUGUAGUGACCCAGGCAGGGACCUACAUCAAGGAGCUUGUUCAUGGGGAUUUCGGAAGGACCAAACCUAGUUUUAAGAGUAUCAUUGGACAACCGAUUGACAUCCAUGCGCUGGAUGUGAUGGCCAUCGAUCUGGACUGGCCCAAGCGGUUGAGGAGGUAAGUGUGCGAUGGGGAAAUGACGCGAUAGACAACGCAAGAAUAAAGGGAAUUGUAGGACUAUUCCAGUUGGAUGAUCCUCAGUGAAA